UCCUCCUGCUCCUCCUCCUCGCCUAUCUCAACUUUCCAACAUGACAGACCUCUCAAGGAACAACCUGCCUUCUCGUGCAAAACCCGCCAGGCGUGCAGCAGCUCCAUCCAUCACCUCAUCUUCGCGAUUUCCUUGUCCCCACUGCUGCCGGCUGUUUGAUUCCCCUCAAGCGCUCGGCGGGCAUCAGAAAGCUCACAAACACGAGCGAGCAGCUCAGCGAACCUUUCCGGCCACUCAUCAGCAGCAAUACCAUGCAGCCGUGUUUUAUAACGUGUGGCCGGAACACAUCCGGCGGCCCAUCAUCUCAUCUCCGCGAUUUCCUUGUCCCCACUGCUCCAGGCUCUUUGACUCCCCUCAAGCGCUCGGCGGGCAGCAGAACGCUCACAAACAUGAGCAAGCAGCUCAGCGAAACUCUCUGGCCACCCACCAGCAACAAUACCAUCCACUUGCUCUGUUCUCCGCUGAUCAACAUCAACAACACACCUUAUCGAUACCAUUUCCCCACUCCCCGGCCGUUUCGACUACUCCCGACACUCUCUCCCCUACCACGGAUGUGGAUGAUUCUUCUGCCGAUAUUGACCUCGCCCUCCGCCUGUGAAGCAACGCGUUUCUCUUUCUCUUAACUUCUUUCUUUUUUGUUUUUGAAAGGAAGUGGAAUAAGUUAGUGGGAUUUGAUGAGAAUGAAAGUGGUUAGGGUUAAAGGGAUUCUUGAAUCUCUUGUUUAGCGUUCGUUUCCGUACGUUUAUGGGGUUUCAACUUUUUUUUUUUUUUUUUCCUCAUCUUACUCAAAUUAAAGUGCAAGGUGAUGGUGAUGAUGAUGAUGAAUGUUAGUUCCCUUAGCUUUGUUCUUAUAUAUGAAAUUAGUAAUUAAGUAGAAUUGUAUGA